CUCAAAGCCAAGUACAAGUAUCAAACAUCCAAGAUGGAAUUUAAAUUCAAAACGAAACCCAAGAUUUCAAUCUGAUUCAAAACAAAAUCAAGCUUCAUAUCAAGUCGUCUCGGGUGAUCGGAAUGGGAAAACGUAUUUGUGGAGUUGGAGAAUGGAUGAUUUGGAUGGGUUGGAGGUUGGAUCUUGUAUGAAACCUCCAUUGAUGUGUUUACAAGAGUCAGGUGCAUUAGUGACAUCCAUUUUGAUCACACCCAUGUUAAUUGCAAUAGGAGGGCAAGAUGGAAUGACUAAAGUAUAUGAUGCUUUAACGGGAGAACUGUUAAGAUUGUUUGGUGAUAAGAAAACUUGUAAAGAAAGAAGCAGAAUGUCACAACGAACAAGUGGUGGUUCGGAAACAGAAUUGAAUGAGAUCCAUCAACGGUUUAAGGUUACAACGAUCGGAUUGGAUCAUGAUUCGAUUUUCAUUGGGUUGGGUGAAUUGAUGAUGGUUUGGAAGAUUGAUCGGAUUCAUCAACCUAAGCCAAAGAAAGAUUUGCGUAGUAAAGUGCCAGGACGGGUGGUGAGUAAACGAAUAGGAUCAUCCAAUUUUCGAGAGAUUCAAGAUGAAGUGAUUGAUACUCAAGAGAUAGAUAGGAUUAAAUUAGAAUCUAAAGAGAAAGAAGAAGAAUUGAAAAGAAGAUAUUAUGGAGAGUUUAGUGAAUGGAUGAAUGAAGAAGAAUUGAUUGAGUAUAUGAAGAUGAUUUCGAUUGAAGAGAAUGGGAAUAGAAUUGAAGGUGAUGAAGAAUGGGAAACAUGGAAAGAAACAGAAGUAGUAGGAAUAGAAGAGAGAGAUGGAAGAAGUGAUGUAGAUGAAAGUAGUUUGGUGAUGAGAGCUAGUGGGAGUGGUGACGGUGAGUUUGAAGGGUUGAAGGAUGAAUUGAAUUUAGAUGAUUGGCCAUUGAUGAUAGAAGGUAGAGGUGCUAGAGAGAGAAGAGGAUCGAAUGGGAAUAGUCCAUGGAAGAAGAAGAAGAGAUGGAUUCAAGUUGAUUGAGAUGUGUAUGAGUGAUGAUAAGAUGUAGUAUUAGUAUGUAUGUAGUUGAGAUUGAGAUCUGAUUGUGUAGAUCUGAUUGGAAUCUGAUCUGAUGGAUGAUUUGAAUCUUGACUUGAUUUUAAUUUUAAUUUAUAUGUAAUUUAAAUUAAACUUAAAUUGGAUUGGAUCGAUAGUCCUUGAAAAUCGAACAAAAGUCAAUAUAAAAAGGUGGAUUGAUCGAGUUUGGAAAUAGUUCUUUCAGAUUUUUAAAAUUCACU